UGUCGCCAUGAACACAUCGACCAUAACCGCCAUCGGGCUGUUAAUAUUCAUCCCACUGAUCCUGAUGCAGCAGGACCCUCAAACGGCCAACUGGUUGGCUCAAAUCGCCCUGGAGCUGCAGGAGCAGCAGGACAAGUUGGCCUAUUGCCGUUCCCUUCAGCAACAGAAACUGCAAAUCUCGCUCCGAAUCACUGGUUGUGCGCCCAUUCUGCGAAACCAGCUCGCCGUGACAGGUGAAAUGCUACUCGAGAUUCAAAAGCGCUGCUGGACCGGAUGGGGGCUCUUGGCCGGGCGGUGCCGCAAGUUGGCCUAGACUUUAAGGUGCUCAACUGAUGAGGCGAUAGCCCAAAACCUUGAAGCCAACUGAAAUAAACAACACAAUGGCAGCAUAUGGCGGCAUAUGUACGA